UUCUCCCUGCAUUCAUUUGCGAACGAGGCUGGUGACGUGCGAUUGGCCGAAACGCUAGAGGGCGGGGAAGCCUUUCCCUUUGUAGCCUCAACAGUCGACCGUCAGAACAAAACGAUAUACUAGCCACUUCUACACCCCUUAAAUCUAGGCUAACUGCUGUGGUCAUACACAGUGAUGUUCCUGUACCUACUUGGGUUGGUCGCGUUUUUAUUCCUGUACCGCUGGUACAGGGAAAGGAAGAGAGUCGGAAAUGAAUCGGACAAAUAUGUCUACAUCACUGGGUGUGACUCCGGGUUUGGAAACCUGCUGGCGAGACACCUGGACAAGCUGGGCUACCGCGUUAUUGCCUCCUGUUUCACGGAGAAGGGUGAGGAUGAGCUGAAGAAAGCUGCUUCGGAAAGACUGACCACCCUCCACUUGGAUGUCGCAAAUACGGAUAGUGUCAACAAAGCAGCUACCAUCAUAAAAACACAGGUUGGGGAAAAAGGUCUGUGGGCUGUGGUGAACAAUGCCGGAGUCUCUGUGCCGUCGGCGAACUGUGAUUGGCUCACCAUUGAGGACUAUAAAUCUAUGUUGGACGUGAAUCUGAACGGGGUCAUUGCAGUGACACUAAGUGUGCUCCAGCUGAUUAAAAAAGCUAGGGGCCGAGUGGUGAAUGUUGCCAGCGUCUUUGGAAGGAUCAGUCCAAUUGGUGGACCUUAUGCUGUCUCAAAGUACGGAGUGGAGGCCUUCAAUGACAGUCUUCGGAGAAACAUGAAAUGCUUUGGAGUUAAAGUCCUGUGCAUUGAACCAGGGUUUUUCAAAACUGGUGUGACCGAUACCGAAAUAUUAAGAAAAAGCCUUGAGAAAAUGUGGGACAAACUGCCUGAAGAGAUUAAAGAAGAAUAUGGACAUGAUUACUUGGACAAAGUGAAUGAAUUGAUGCUGAAGACGUUGGCUAAGAUGCCAGAUACGGACCUGAUGAAGGUAGUUGGCUGCAUGGAGCAUGCCAUCUCGGCAGUUCAUCCUCGAACCCGCUACUCACCUGGUUGGGAUGCUAAGUUUUUCUGGCUGCCACUGUCCUACAUGCCUACUUUCAUCGCUGAUCCCUUGCUUCUUAAAGAUACUGUCAUGCCACAGAAAUGUACUAUGUAGCUUGUUUUCCAUCUGGAAGUCUCAGAGAGCAGCAUAGUGAAAUGAACAGUAGUCUUUUGUACAAUACAGCAUGCUUUUGUAUUUUCACACUGCUAAAAGGCAGUUUGUAGCUUCGGUCGAGUUGGCCAGUCAGAAACCACCAGCCUGUUGGUAGAUCGCCGGUCACCCUUUUAUUCUUCACUGCUCUAUCAAUGCUCUAUCUUUUAUGGCAUGGCGAGGAACCAUUGCUAGCUUGCUGCGAUUUUGGUGAAUUUUCUUGGUGAAUAAGUUGGAGAUACCAAAACCCUUUGCCCCAAAAAAAAGCACCACAGACAGGCUGCUUUUUUUACUCUUUUACUUUUUUUGAGAAUCAGGCGUGGAACAUAUUUUUGCUAGCAGUUAUGUAAUCAGGUUAAAACUAUAGGAAGGUAUUUUUUUAUAGUGCAGUUUUAUAGAAAUUGGAAAAAAAAAUUCUGUUCGGAACUGUUUACAACUACAAAUUCAGAGCCCGUUUAAAACUGUAAUGAUAGAGUAUGCAACUAACCAUUCAGAAAAAUUGGCGGUUUGACUCUGAAAUUUAAUAAGAUUUGUUCUGAACAGACCCCAUUCCUGAAGGGUCUAUAUCUCAGAGGUUCUGUUGUACUUGUAUUUCUUAUUAAUGAGGCUUUAGGUACAAGGUCUGCACCAAAAUAGGAUAGUGGGUCAAUAGGAAAAUAUACCUGAACUCUUGGGGUAAUUGUCUAACAUUAGGCUAACUUAAGCUGUCUUUACACUGCUGAGCUGCAUUAAAAUGCUGUAGCAGACCUGGGGUAGAAUUAGUGAUGAUCAAUUUCCACAAAUGUUCUUUAUCCACCUUUUGCCCGGUAUGUCGCCACAGACACCCAGUUCUUUAAUCAUAAAUAAUAAUAAUAAUAAUAAUAUAAAUUAAUAUAAUAAUACGCUUAAUCACCAUUGUUUUACCUAAUCUGGCAAUAGAUAGUGACUUAACAGACAUUUAUUUUAAUGAAAAUCUUCGAGAUUAUUACCUUAAGUAAUGAAAAAGCAAGUAUGCAUUACGGAUGUGGUUGCUACUUCAAGCACUAAGUAAUUUAGAAUAUUGUCUGUACUUGGAAGUAUGUGGAAAAUGAAAUAUAUUUUCAUCAUGAUUUGACAUUUUGAGCAGCUAUUCUUUGUCAAUUAGUUAAAAAUUGGAUACAGAAACUGUUGAAGGCUAGAGGCAGAUAAAAAUAUCAAAAUCAGAUCAAAUAUAGUCAUCCUGAUUGUAGUUAUAUUUUUAAAGGACCAGCACAGAUUUCAACAGUUGCAGAAACAAGCGCCUAGCUACUAUAAACCUACCUUUUCACCGUCAUCUUAAUUGUAUCCAUUUGCAUACAGAAAGGAUUCAGCUACAUCAGAAAGGAUGCUGAUGUCGUCGAUUGCUUAUAAAUGCUUAUUCAGCCCUAGAGAGCUGGCUAAUCUAUUGAGCACUUCCAUGAUUAUGUGAAUUUUAAUAUUAACGUACUAUGCAGUUGUCAAGUAAGUUAAGACUUAAUUUCCAGAAUGUGAAGGCAAUGCUUUUCAGCAUUUUUAGAUCCAAAAUGAAUUGUGCUGGCUAAAUUAUGCAAUUUUAAUAUCAACAUUUUAAAAAAUUCAUGACAUGUAUUUUUUAAAAUCAUUUUAUCAUUGCACAGGUAAUAAUGUAGAAGUACUACCUGCUGUCCUGAUAAGCUGGUGACUGAAUGUUUUGCCAGUAUAAGGGUUAGGAGUAAAAAUUAUUGCACAAUGACAUAUCAAUAUUUCAAUAUUUUAUUUAACUAUUUCCUUCUUUGGUUUCAAUGGACUUAUAGCACUGCACGAAACAGGAGUUUCUGAAAGUUAUCUAACCUGUUAAAUGUCAUUGAAAUUGAGAGGGUGUCUGUUGUGAGUGAGUUUCCUGUGUAACUGUUUUCCAAGAAAUUUCUGGACUCACACAUUCCCUGAGUAAUUCAUGGACUCGAGUUGGACAGCCUAAGUUUGCCUAAAUUGAAGGACGAUUAUGAGAAAAUCUAUGUUUAACCCAAUGUACACAAUUGUCAGCCUAUUUGAGUCAAGUUAUUAGCAGCUAUUCUUGAUGAUCUGACAAAGCCUAUAGCAGAAAUGUCAGUUUUCUUUAGUUUGCCUGCUGCAUUGUUGAGCUGCAAUGUUUGAAUAAACUGAUAAUUCACAAAUGA